AUGUUCGAUGGGAAGGUGUACUUUUUGAAGCAUAUUGUGAUGGCUUAUCAGAAGAGUGUGUUAGAUUUGAUAAAAUGCUUCAGACAGCAGUGGUCCCUUCUGUGUGAAAGUGAGAGGACCACCAUAUGCAGUGCAGAUGACAUGCUGCUCAUCUUGCAGUUAGCAGUGGCUGAAGUGAACAAAAAGAAUGGGAAAGAAUUUACAGCUUCCCUUAGUGACGUGCUGUUAAUGUGGAAACAUUUGGUCAAAGAUAAGCUUGGGCUUAUUUGUGAUGGCUCAUUAGCUCCUGGGAACUAUGAUGAUGUCCAAAAAACAUACAACCUUUUUCUGAAAAAUAGCAAUACACUGGAUCUAACUGAUUUACAUGGAAAACUGAGCUGUACUACAGAUACUACGAGCGCAGGCAACCUUUCUUCUGUAAGUAUCGAAAAAGACUGUAAGCACCAGUGUUAA